AUGUCGUCCACUCGGCGCGGCGGCGAAAACGACGCCGCCACCUUCCGUCGCCGCUCGACCACCCGUUCCACCACCCCUCUCUCCGCCACUCGCAAAUUCCCUUCCCCUUCUCUCCUCAAAGAAAACUCUAACCCUCGCCGAUCCACAUCUCGCGGGCCCACCCACAACCCCACCCUCAAACCCCGUGGCCGCAGCUCCAGCCCCUCCCUCGACCGCCCCAUACCCAACAACCUGGCCCAUACAAAGCCCAUCAGCAAACCCACAACCGCCCAAAAGCUCAAACCUUCCACCACCACCACCAGGUCAAGUCUUGAAGUCAACAAAACUUCUCAACUCGUAGAUCACAACAACACAAACAACAAUAACAAGUAUCCUAGUAGGCUUCACGAGAAGCUUGCGUUUCUCGAAGGGAAGGUGAAGAGAAUAGCCUCCGAUAUAAAGAAGACGAAGGAGAUGUUGGAUAUGAACAACCCUGAUGCGUCAAAGGUUAUUCUUUCUGAUAUUCAGGACAAGAUCUCAGGGAUCGAGAAGGCCAUGGUUCAUGUCGUUUCGAAGAAUAAUGAUAGUGAAAAUUGUAGUGACAAUAAGCAAUUGGGUGUUGUUGGUGGUGGUGAUGAUGACGUGGGUAUUCAAAAUAAGAGCUUGGUCAAAGGGCUGAACAAUGAGGAACUUGAGGCAAGAUUGUUCCCUCAUCAGAAACUGCUUCGGGAUAGGACGGUGGUGAAGGAGGAGGAGAAGGUGCUGAGUCCGGUUGACGAUAACUCCGUUGCCGUUGAGUUCUUGGCUUCUCUUGGAGAAGAGAAGGAGAAGGUGUUUGAAGAGGUGAAGGAUAUGGAUGGUGGAAAUGGGAAGAAGGGAGGGAAUGGUGGCUGGAAUAAUGCAGAGUGUGACAUUGAUGUUCUGCUUGCGGCUGAUGAGAAGCUUGAGGAAUUUGAUGAUCAGGAGAAUCGGCAAGGGGAAAUUGUUGGGGAGGAGGUGAUGGAUGAGGCUUUCAAUUUUAAGUUGAAUGAGAUUGGGAACAAGGUUGCUUCUGGUGGCUGGUUUGUUAAUGAAGGGGAGGCUGUUCUUCUUGCUCAUCAUGAUGGAUCCUGUUCCUAUUAUGAUAUUGCCAAUUGUGAGGAAAAAGCUGUAUAUAUGCCUCCGGCAGAAAUUUCACCUAAUAUGUGGAGAGACUGUUGGAUCAUUCGUGCUCCUGGUUCAGAUGGUUGUUCUGGAAGAUUUGUGGUUGCUGCAUCUGCUGGCAACACACUGGAUUCAGGGUUUUGCUCGUGGGAUUUUUACACUAAGGAAGUGAGAGCUCUCCAAGUUGAGGCUGGAACAGCGUCCUCAAGAACCGCACUUAGACCCUUGCCUAACAAUAUUGUGCAUAGAAGGAAUUCUACUUCUGGCAUUGUGGCAGCAGAAGCUAAGCAGUGGUGGUAUAGACCCUGUGGCCCUCUUAUCAUCUCUACUGCCUGCUCCCAGAGAUCUGUGAAAGUUUUCGAUGUUCGUGAUGGAGAGCAAAUCAUGAAAUGGGAUGUUCAGAAGCCUGUUCAAGCAAUGGAAUAUUCCAGCCCUUUGCAGUGGAGGAACAGAGGAAAAGUAGUGGUGGCUGAAGCUGAAUCUGUUUCUUUAUGGGAUGUGAACUCAAUUGUUCCUCAAGCUCUGGUCUCUGUUCCUACAACUGGUCGAAAAGUUUCUGCUCUCCAUGUCAGCAACACUGAUGCAGAGUUGGGUGGUGGGGUUCGGAAAAGGGUAAGCUCAUCAGAGGCUGAAGGACACGACGGUGUGUUCUGCACAUCAGAUUCUAUUAAUGUCUUGGACUUUCGCCAGCCAUCUGGUGUGGGCCUUAAGAUCUCAAAACAUGGUGUGAAUGCGCAAUCGGUUUUCUCGCGUGGGGACUCCGUCUUCCUUGGUUGUACCAGCACAAGUUCAAUGGGCAAGAAGCAGUCCUCACCACUGCUACAGCAAUUUUCAUUGCGCAGACAAGGACUGUUUAGCAUCUAUGCCCUUCCAGAUUCCAAUGCACACUCACAUCAUGCAGCAAUCCCUCAAGUAUGGGGUAAUUCUGACUUUGUCAUGGGUGUUUGUGGCCUAGGACUAUUUGUAUUUGAUGCACUGAAAGAUGAUGCACUACGUGUUCUCAAUAUGGAUUAUUCCAGUGCUCAAAGUUUUAGAGAAGUUAUUGGCCCAGAUGACUUGUAUUGGCCUUCCUUUGAUUAUCUGGGAUCUCGUGCUCUUCUUAUAUCAAGAGAUCGACCAGCUAUGUGGAGGCAUCUAAUAGCUUGA